GAUGGUACUUAACAGUAAACAGCAAAAGUAUAUAAGAUAUCACGCAAGCGCAAAUUGUGUUGAGGUCUCGUUUUCCAAUAUUCAACCUACUUCAUAUCAGUUGCUCGUAGCAGAUUCAGUUCGAAGGUUGAAAAGUGGGGAACAGUUAAUGUGACGUCUUCUUACUAUACGGAACACGUACAUUUUGCACGACCAAGUGAACGUGAUUAAUAGCAUAGACUCGUUGAUCUAAUUAUCACAUCAAGCAGAUACGACCAAUUUUCUGUAUAAGGAUCUUAAACGUCCUUUUAAAGAGUGACGCCAUAUUACGACACCGAUGUGAUUGUAAAAUCGUACAUAAAUCGUAAAUGUAGUGUUAAAACAAAAACCGAAAGAUGGCAACUUGGCAGAGUACACCUGGUGCAGGAUUUUAUCCAGGGCAACAAGGUUAUCCUCAACCCGGAUAUCCACCUCAACAAGAUCCAUAUAAUCCAGGAUAUCCACCAGCUUACGGCGGAAAUCAACCACCAGGUCCUGGUUUUGUGCCUCCAGGUGCUCCUCCUUACGGACAAGCUCCACCUCCUGGUCCAAUAUUUGGUCCAGGACCACAAGCAGCCAUGUAUGGGACAAACUAUGCAGAUGAUACUGUGUCAGGUGAAGUCAAAGGAUUUGAGUUCACUGACAAAACCAUCAGAAAUGGAUUUAUUAGGAAAGUAUACAGUAUCCUAAUGUGUCAGCUUCUGAUUACAGUAGGGCUGAUAGCAUUAUUCCUUUACCAUCGUCCAACUCAGAAAUGGGCAAUGGCCCAUCCAGAAAUGUUUUGGAUUUGUUUUGUAGCAACUAUUGUUCUAAUUAUAUGUAUGGCUUGCUGCACCAGUGUCAGACGAAAAGCUCCUAUGAAUUUCAUAUUUUUGUUCUUAUUUACAAUAGCAGAAGGUUUUCUGUUAGCCACUGCUGCUUCAACGUAUAAGUCUGAAGAGGUACUAUUGGCUGCUGGAAUUACUGCUGCUGUUUGCCUCGCAUUGACAAUAUUUGCGUUUCAAACGAAAAUCGACUUCACCGGUCUUCACAGUAUUCUGUUUGUUGCGUUGUUUAUUUUCAUACUUUUUGGAAUAAUUACGAUUUUCUGGCAUGGUAAGAUUAUAACCUUAGUGUAUGCGUCACUUGGAGCUCUAAUUUUCUCUGUUUAUCUUGUCUAUGAUACACAAUUGAUGCUUGGUGGUAAACAUAAAUAUUCUAUUUCUCCGGAAGAGUAUAUUUUUGCAGCGUUAAGUCUCUACAUAGAUGUUAUUAAUAUUUUCAUUUACAUUUUGACGAUUAUUGGUGUCUCACGAGAUUAAGUAGUAUUAAUCACUAUGUCGUUAAAUUAAUCUCUAAUGCAUAAUGCUUUUACUUUUUGUUACUUUGUUUUGGCUCCCUCUGUACAUAGAGAGUUCAUUGCAAAUAAAAAGUAAUUAGAGAUAUAAAAGAGGCGGUAUUGGCAGAAAAGAAUUUGUUUCUAUGAAAUAAUAGCUUUUACACAAUUUUUCAAGAUAUAGUGAACACAGAAAUUGUUUUAAUGUUCGACUUCUAAUCUUGUAAGUCAAGGAAAGUAAUUCCUAUCUUCGUUAAGGAACGUACACUGAUCGUUAAUAUUAAGGACAUAAAUGCGAAUGUACAUGCAUACAACAAAAAAUUUCUUAUAAACAUAUAAUUAUUCGUUUCAUCUUUUCAAUGGAAGAAAGUAUUAUAUUCAUUUUCAUUGAAUUUACUUAAAGAAGUAAUAUUUAUUUUCUGAAGAAGGUUUUUGCGUUCUGUACAUUUGUCAUAAUACAAAAAUUGUUAUAUAUAUACAGCAAAACAUAUGGAUUCAUGUAAUAUGAAUACAUUUUAAUAAUAUUAAAGUCAAUAUAUUAGAUUUAGUAUUGUAAUGUUUGAAUGUUACUAAAAUUUCGUAUUAUUGCAAAAAUGUAUACAUGCAUAUUUAUCUGUUGUGUCUUCUGGCAGCAUAUGUUAUUAAAUCAUAUUUACAUAAUAAAAGAAAUAUUGUAAAAUAUCGAUUAAUAUUUGAAUUCCUAGUUCUAAAAAUUUGUUUUAUUUAAUACAUUGUAAUAUACAUUAUGUUUAUGACGAUAUAUUGUAAGACAAAUACACGCAAUACACUACAAAAAAUGUUUUAACACAAGUCAACACGAGAUUUGUGUUAACUCCACGCAAGUGAUUGUAUUAUAAAAUCAUUUCUUCGUGAAUAUUUUAUAUACUUUAUAUUGUUUAUUGCAGAGGAAAAUAAAAAACAGUUAUCUCGAAAUCGUGAAUGUUUAUAUUUGUAGUAAAUUAGUUUUACACAAAUAGGAUAAAAGCUCUUGGUCUUCAGCUUUCAAAUUUUAACUUAAGAUUUAAAUAAGCAUAUGUAGUGCAAUGUCUGUAUGAAAAAGCAUUCAAUGUUCACAUAGAUUUUAAAGAUUAAAAAGCCCACAUUCA